AUGAUAUCAAUUCAAGUUCAACCGAGUACGCAGAGCAUUUUGGCAUCCACCUCUUUUAAUUCCCAAAAGCCCUGUUUCACAUCCUGCAAAACCCCAUAUAUAUUGAAACCCAGAGCUUUCUCUCUGCAUUCAUCAACCCAUCUUGGCCUCAAAACUAAGAGAAUUCAAAGGCUUGAUUCCGCCUCUGCUGCCGCUGCCACAGAAUUAGCUCCAGCGGAAACACCCACUGAGGUUUCAGCCUCUGAACUCGCACAAAGCUCUGAGAAGCUAGGAGUGGUGGUUAAAUCAGCGGAGAAGCCUAGACUGGUAUUGAAGUUCAUAACGAUGGAAAAGAACAUAGGUCUUGGCCUGGAUCAGAUGAUUCCUGGCCAUGGCACUUUGCCUUUGAGUCCAUACUACUUUUGGCCGAGGAAGGAUGCAUGGGAAGAGCUGAAGAUGACUCUAGAGAGUAAGCCAUGGAUAUCCCAGAAGAAAAUGAUUAUACUUCUUAAUCAGGCCACUGAUAUUAUCAAUCUGUGGCAACAGAGUGGAGGCAAUUUGUCCUAG